AUGUUGGUUGUUUACAGUUUGGUAUUACUGUACGUGUCGACAUCUUUGGGCGUGAACAUUGAGCGCGGCGGCUGGCUGGACCGUUUGGUGCACUAUCACAAGAAUAAGCUCUUCGAUGAGCUAAAGGAAUUGCCACCGAUCAAGGUCAAGGCGUCUAUCGUCCACGCCCCUGCGGGCUACAGGGACUCAGCGGGCUGGGACUUGGAGAACGUUCUGCGGCUGCUAUCGCUGUUGCAGCGCGACGUUGCGCGGCCUCUGCUGGGCUAUCUUCGCAGGUCCAUGCCGCGCAGACGGUUCAUGAAGUUCGCAGAUACAUUUCUCGCUUUCCCAAGUCUGGCGCUGGAUCAUCCGAAUGAUUUUUACUACGACGUGGGGUCAAACGAGUUCAACGGUGAGGAGGAGUCUUGGGGCCCCGGGGAGAUCACGGAUGAAUCCAUCAUCGUCGUCUCCAAUCCUACGGAGGCGCGCUUGCCCUCCGCACAGAUCAGCGUCAAAUUGCUCAAAGAGAUAUUGGAAGCUAGAGCUAUAGCGGCGAGGUACAUACCAACAUCUAAGAAGGUCAUAAUAUGGAAGCCGAUGUCGACUGAAAGCACAACAGCUGCUUCCGCGGCAUCUGAUGCUGGCAACACUGGAACAGGAGAUGGACAAAGUACAACCGUAGCUGGAGAUCCCACAACUUAAAUUUCAUUGUAUAUUUAUCAAAAAGCAAUAUUAAAGAAAUUA